UCACAGCCACAAGAAGAACAUCUUCGUUUCAUCGGCUUUGCUUCGAUUCACUGGACCAUGGCGUUUGCCCUUUCUUCGUCCGCAGCAUUCCCGCAUUCGAAUGAUCGUACACGCGGCUUUGUGCACUGUAAGCGGGGCUUCAACAGUCAGACUGCGAGACAGAAACCACUCGCUUGUUUCGAAUCGGAGUCGUCGCCGGCGGCUGCUUCGAAUUCGGGGCUUCAGAUUGGCUCGCCAAUCAUCGUAAUUGAGGCUCCUAAAAUGAUAAAAACUGCCGCCUCGGUUCCUUGUCUGAGAGUCAACGCAGGCUUGGUCAAGCCUGGGGAUGUUGGCAGGAUUGUGUCGAGGAAGCCCAAGGACGUGUGGGCAGUGCGUCUCGCCAUUGGCACUUACCUCAUCGAUGGGAAGUAUUUCAAGCCCUUGGAACUUGACGAUUGAUUAGCUUAUAUUACUGUAGUAAGGGCUCAUCGUGAAAUUUCGUACUUGUGUACAAAUUGAAAUGAUUCCCCGUUGCAAAAAUAUAGCCGAGUUCAAAUAAGUUCCCUUUUUUUUUAAUCUCUGUGUUAAAUAAAAUAUGUUAUCACAUGUACGUCUGUAAUUCCUUUUGCAUCUGAAUUUGAGGUGCUCUCUCUCAUAAUCGGUUUUGUAGUUCUAUUAAAGCAUCUGAACUUAAGAUAUGUGUACAUAACACGUGCAUGUACGUAUCCGUGCAGGUCUUUCUCUCGUCCUCAAACUCAAGAGAGGACGGGGUUGGGGCUUUGACUAAAUUUUGUUUUUGUGGGCAAGGAGGACUUACCCUUGAGUUGUUAGCCAGGAGGAACUAGCAACUGGAGCAGCAAAGCUUAAUGGGUUGAACUAUUGGGCGUUGACUUUUUGAAUUGUGGUUAGUUUUUGCUUUGUUUUUGCAAUUGAGAAUUAGUAGCUACACAAUCAAAAGUUUGAAGCAUGGCAUGGUUGAAUAAUAUUCUUGCUUGUUCUUUUGAA